UGCUGCUUCCUACAAAUAUGUGCCAGAAUUGAAACAACAUCCUAGAUUAUUGAAAAAUGCCGGUGUGGUUUUCAAUAAACAACACAUGACCCCGCUCGACAUUGCAUAUCAACAGCCACGAUCAGCUUCGGUUUUCUUACAAUAUGUUCCAACUAAAGUUGGUAACCGGCAUGGUGGCCUAACAAUGAAAAGAAAGAGGAAGAAUAAUGGCGAUGAAAGGAGGAAUAGGGAAGAAAUAAUACAGGAAAGGAAAGCUCGUAAGGAGAGGUAUAUGAAUAGUGUGGCGAAAACGGCGAAUACAAACAUUGUGGUGGCAACUCUAAUCGCAACAGUAACCUUUGCAGCCGGGAUCACAUUGCCAGGCGGGUACCAAAGCAACGAAAAUCAACAAGGGAUGCCAAUUUUAUUAAGAAAAUCAGCUUUCAAAGCAUUUGUGGUUACUGAUGCUAUUGGGUUUGUGUGCUCCAUAGUUUCCAUAAUUGGAUACAUCCGGUUGGUGGAAGAGAUGUCCGAUGCUAAGAGACGCAAAAUUGUAAACAAGCUUGCUGGCUACUCGAUUGUUAUGCUUGAUUUAUCCUUGGCAGCAGUUGUGCUUGCGUUCGUACUGGGGAUGUUCGCCGUUUUAACGCUGCAUUCAUCGGCUGUUGCGGUGGGAGUAUGCGUCGCCAUUUGCCUAUGUAUCCUCGCCCUCAUCGCUUUCUCUAUGUUCUUGGGCUACAAUGAAGAAUGGUGGAUUAUAGUCAAAUUCCAUGAAAUUGUUCAGUUUUUCAACAAACUUUGACCACAAAUUAAAAGAAGCAAGAAACAAUGAAGGGUAGACCAGUUGCAUUCACUUUGUAGUUUGUACUGACACUCAAGUCACCACAAUGAAAUUUCGCCAUCUUUAUUUC